AGACUCCGAGAGAGACAGAGAGGUACAGGCGUGCAGUUGGGAGCUCACGAGGAGCUCUCACAGGCCAGUCGUAUUUUAUUUCUGAAGGUCUUACUGCACCCAGGGGACCUUUCCCAUGUGGAGCAAGGGUUCAGAGGGCUCGUCUGACUGACUGGCACGUGGCUGAUGCCCUCAGCUCCCGGGGGUGGUGGCUGGGCAGCCCGACGGCAGGACUGUGCUGUGUCUCUGGGGUAGAGCGCAGAGCACAGACUUUGCUGGGCCGAGGAAGCAGCCAGGCGUCGGUCAGCUCUUCUGUGCCUGUGGUGUCUUCUGACUCAUCUGUCUGCUCCCGAAAUGGAGUACGCCUGGUAUUGGCUCGAUGAUUCUGGGCAGUGGAUUCAGUAUGGGGAAGAGCAUCCGGAUCACUGCUCUGCCACGGUAACAUCUGCAGAUCUGGAGAAGGAAUUUCUAGCUGACCACAAAGGCACUGUGUUAUUCAGGGCUGGUUCUCAGAAGUAUAAGUUAAACUUUGAAGACAUGGUCCAAACAAAUUUGAUCUAUGAAACCCAAAGAAAAGUUGCCCGACUGCCAAAAUUUCUGUCCUCUCAAAGUGGACAAGACAGAAGCCAAAACAUGACUCUGUCACGUUCUGUCUGUCCUCCACAAUGGGACCAAUCUGCACUGCCUGAUAUUGGGUUCAAGUUGGUACAGCUCAGUUACGCUUCCCUUGAAUAUGGAAAAAUUAAGAGGCUGUUUGAGAAGACAAUGAAAGAUUACUACAUCCACCAACUACAGAGGAUCCAGAACCCAAUGCUUUGGCAAGUUUUUCAGUGGCAAAAGGAGCAGAUGAAGAAGCUCAAUAAAUCGAAAUGGGUGGAUGAGCGGCUCCUGUUUCAUGGGACGAAUCUGUCCCAUGUGCCUGCCAUCUGUGAGCAGAACUUCGACUGGAGGAUCUGUGGAACUCAUGGGACAAUGUAUGGAAAAGGAAGCUACUUUGCCAGAGACGCCAGCUAUUCUCAUGAGUACUGUUCCUCUCGCAGUGGCCGCUACAGCAUGUUUGUAGCUCACGUUCUUGUUGGAGACUUUGUUCAGGGAAACCCCGAAUACCUUCGCCCUCCACCCAGAGCCAGCAAUUCACACAGACUUUACGACAGCUGCGUGGAUGACCCGACAGACCCUUCCAUCUUUGUUGUCUUUGAGAAGCACCAGAUUUACCCUGCCUAUAUCUUGGAGUACAGCAGUGAGGCCCAAUGUAUGAUCCUGUAAUGAAAGGUGGAAUCUCCUUUGAAUUUACACUGAAUAAAUUACACUUUAGUACA